UUUUUAUUUUUGAGGCACUCUCAAAAAGAUGGUUAGUCUCUAGGACUCUAGCCUCCAUCCAAGCUAUGGAAAACUCCUCUACUCCGAUGGGGAAGGUGCAAUCUCAGCCCUCAGAGGGUUCCUAGUUUGGUUUAAUAAUUCAACUCAAGAAGCAUUCAUUAAUGCAUACUAUGUGUCAGGUACUAUAUUAAGCCCUGUAAGUUAAGCUCUAAUCAUUAAUGAAAAGAUAUUGGAGGCAGAGCUAAUCUAAGAGUUCUAACUGCCAGUCCCAACACCCUUAAUGUUGGCUCCUUCACCCAUCAAGAGAUGGGAACACUAAUAAACACAGUCUCUAAGAGAACUGUCACUCUAAAAUGGGGUUGUAGAUGACUCCCUCUCUCUGCCCUUCUGCCCUCUUUCCUCCGCUACUUCUUGUUCUUUUUCUAUAUCUAUCCAUCUACUGUUUCUCUUCUCUUCUCUGGUGGUUGGUUGACGGUCUUCUGUCCCCUUUCCUUCCCUUCUCCUUGCUCCUUCUCUGUCUUCUCUUCCUUGUUUCUUUGUCCUCUGGUGGUUGGUUGACCACCUUCUGCCCCCUUUCCUUUCCUACUCUUCACUCUUUCUCUAUAUCCAUCUACUGUUUCUCUCCUCCCCUCUGGUGGUUGGUUGACCACCUCCUGCCCCUUUUCUUUCCCUAUUCCUUCUCUACAUCCAUCCUAUUGUUUCUCUUCUCCCCUCUGGUGUUUGGUUGACCACUUCCUGCCUCUUUCCUUCCCUAUUCCUUUUCUACCUCCAUCCUAUUGUUUCUCUUCUCCCCUCUGGUGUUUGGUUGACCACUUCCUGCCCCUUUCCUUCCCUAUUCCUUUUCUACCUCCAUCCUAUUGUUUCUCUUCUCCCCUCUGGUGUUUGGUUGACCACCUCCUACCCCUUUUCCUUCCCUACUCCUCUCUACAUCCAUCCUUCUAUUGUUUCUCUUCUCCCCUCUGGUGGUUGGUUGACCUGUUCUCUAUCUCUCCUCCUUCCCAUCGCGUGAGGAUCCCCCUCCUCUGGACAGGAGCUCUCCUCCGGGUUCCCGCCCGCUGUGCCUGCCUGUGGCCACCGACUAGGUGACGGUGUGCUGGGCAGGAGAGUCUAGGGCCGAUCCCACGAACUGCCUCUCCCCGCAGGCUGAGCAUGCCGGGGUCCGCACCUACUUCUUCAGUGCGGAGAGUCCUGAGGAGCAGGAGUCCUGGAUCCAGGCCAUGGGGGAGGCAGCCCGGGUACAGAUUCCCCCAGCUCAGAGGUCAGCCCCUCAAGCUGUUCGACACAGCACCGGGAAGGGGCUGGAUCUCCUGACAGGCACACCUUCGGCCCCCCGCAGCCUUGAGAAGCCCGACUCAGAGAAUAUCCCGCCCAGCAAACACCACCAUCACCACCACCAGCCCCGAAACAGCGUCCCCAAACCGGAGCCCGAGACCAAGACCAGAGGGGAAGGAGACGGCCGAGGCUGCGAAAAGACAGAGCGGAAGCUGGAGCAACCAGAAAUCAAGAAGGAACCGCUGGUGAAAGCCAACGGUGUCCCCGAUGGACCCGAUCCGGCACUGGAGCCCGGCAGCCCCUACCCAGAAGCCCCCCGGGUGCCCCCGGGUGGGGAGCGAGGGACCCAGCCCAAUGGCUGGCAGUAUAGUUCUCCCAGCAGGCCAGGGAGCACCGCUUUCCCCCCCCAGGAUGGGGAGAGCAUCGGUCACCGUCGCAGUUUCCCACCUCGAACCAACCCAGACAAGAUCGCUCAGCGGAAGAGCUCCAUGAACCAGCUACAGCAGUGGGUGAACCUACGUCGGGGAGCACCGCCACCGGAGGAUCUUAGGAGCCCCUCCAGGUUCUACCCUGUGUCCCGAAGAGUCCCCGACUAUUAUGGCUCGUACUCCCCCCAGUACCCAGAUGACUUCCAGUACUACCCCCCAGGGGUGCGCCCAGACAGUAUCUGCUCAAUGCCAGCCUACGAUCGGAUCAGCCCGCCCUGGGCCUUGGAGGAGAAGCGCCACUCCUUCCGAAAUGGGGGCAGCACGGCCUACCAGCUCCGCGAGUGGAAGGAACCCCCUGGCUACGGGCGUCAGGACGGUGUCUGGAUCCCCAGCCCUGCCCGGCAGCCCGUCUAUUAUGAUGAACUGGACGCCACCUCGGCCUCCCUCCGCCGCCUCUCCCUGCAGCCACGUUCCCACUCUGUGCCGCGGUCCCCUAGCCAAGGGUCUUACGGCCGGGCUCGCGUCUACUCCCCGGCCCGGUCCCCGAGUGCCCGCUUUGAGCGCCUGCCGCCUCGGAGUGAGGACAUCUACGCCGACCCCGCCGCCUAUGUGAUGAGGAGAUCCGUCAGCUCCCCCAAGUAUGAUUACCUGGGUGACCGGAGGCCUGUCCCUGCAGGAAUAUUCCCUUACAACUAUCCACCAUCUCCCACGGUCCAUGACAAAAUGGACGAACUUUUAGAUCUUCACUUGCAAAGAAACCUAGAGUAUUUGGAUCAGCAGAUGAAUGAGAGCGAGACUCUCAUCAGUAUGGUGAACCGAAUGGUGGAAAAUUCUUCCCCCAGGGCCCAGCUAUUCAUGCAAGUUCCUUCUUACUCCGAGGUGUUCCGGGAUGGCCUCCACACCUACAAGUUAAACGAGCAAGAUACCGAUAAGCUCCUGGGUAAACUCUGUGAGCAGAACAAGGUGGUGAGGGAACAGGACCGGCUUGUGCAGCAGCUCCGGGCAGAGAAGGAGAGCCUAGAGAGUGCUCUGAUGGGCACCCACCAGGAGAUGGAAAUGUUUGGGAGUCAGCCCGCCUAUCCUGAGAAGCUACUGCAUAAAAAGGAAUCCUUGCAGAACCAGCUGAUCAACAUUCGGGUCGAGUUGUCCCAGGCCACUACGGCUUUGACUAACAGCACGAUAGAGUAUGAAACUCUAGAGGGGGAGGUCUCUGCCCUGCAUGAUGAUCUUUGGGAGCAGCUCAAUUUGGACAACCAGAAUGAUGUCCUUAACCGGCAAAUCCAGAAGGAGAUCUGGAGGAUCCAGGAUGUGAUGGAGGGCCUUCGGAAGAAUAACCCAUCUCGGGGCACAGAUACUGCCAAGCACCGAGGAGGGCUCGGCCCUUCAGCCACCUUCAGUUCCAAUAGCCCUGCAAGCCCCCUCAGCUCAGCCAGCCUCACCAGCCCCCUGAGCCCGUUCUCCAUGGUUUCUGGCUCCCAGGGGUCUCCCACUAAGCCUGGGCCUCAUGAGGAACCCGGCCCUCCUCGGCCUCCCCUCCCCAAAGCGUAUGUCCCCCUGGAGUCUCCUCCAACAGUCCCUCCGCUCCCUAGUGAAAGCCGCUUCUGGCCGCACCCCAACUCUCCCUCAUGGCACCGAAGUGGCGAGACAGCCAGGGGCCAGCCAAAGGGAAGCUAUGAGCAGAGCAAGAAGGACCCUCACCAGACGUCUCCCCUGGAGGCUCCCAGAGACAUCAGUCUCAUGCCCACCAGACAAGAACUGGAGGCUGAUAAACAGGCAGCUCUCAAUAAAGUUGGCAUCGUGCCCCCUCGGACAAAGUCCCCCACUGAUGAGGAGGUAGCACCAUCGACGGUGGUGAGGAGGAGUGCCAGUGGGCUUUCCAACGGGUCCCUCUCCCGGCAGGAGCGUCCCAAGAGUGCAGUGUUUCCCAACGAGGUGAAGGCCAAGAUGAGUGUGGAGGAGCAGAUCGACCGCAUGAGGCGGCAUCAGAGCACCUCCAUGAAGGAGAAGCGUCGGAGCCUACAACUCCCAGCUGGCCCAUCCCCUGACCCCACUGCCCGACCCUCCUACAAAGUGGUGCGCCGUCACCGCAGUAUCCACGAGGUGGAUAUCUCCAACUUGGAGGCGGCGCUUCGGGCGGAGGAGCCUGGCGGGCAGACCUACGAGACUCCUCAGGAAGAAAUUGCCCGACUUCGAAAGAUGGAGCUGGAGCCCCAGCACUACGACGUGGACAUCACCAAGGAGCUCUCCACACCCGACAAAGUCUUCAUCCCUGAGCGGUACAUUGAGCUGGAGCCAGAAACACCCCUGAGUCCAGAAGAGUUGAAAGAGAAGCAGAAAAAAGUGGAAAGGAUCAAAACUCUCAUUGCCAAAUCCAGUAUGCAGAACGUGGUGCCCGUGGGCGAGGGCGACUCGGUGGACGUGCCACAGGACCCCGAGAGCCAGCUUCAGGAGCAGGAGAAGAGGAUUGAAAUCUCCUGCACCCUGGCGACUGAGGCUUCCCGAAGGGGCCGCAUGCUGUCUGCUCAAUGUGCCACCCCAAGCCCUCCCACCUCCCCUGCUUCCCCGACUCCACCAGCCAACCCCCUCUCGUCUGAUCCCCCGCGGGGAACCGACAGCAGCUAUUCUAUGUGACUGCAAGCCCUGGCUGAGGUCAAUGCUGUGAAGUUCCACAGAGCCACCUUCUGAAGUCGUCCUCCGCCACACUUGGGGUCUAUCUCACCUCCACCAUGCUCCCCACCCACAGGACCGCCGUGGGGAGCCGGCCUGGGGUGGUUUUGGCUGCUGAGAAGAGCACAGAUACCUCAAGAAUACAUGCACCCUCAUGGCCUCUUGGAUCAUGGCCCCAUUCUGAAGAGAUGGUCCUGUUGCUCUGCUCUGUGAGGGUCACCGAACCAGGGCUAAGGACUGGCAUGGGGUGCAGCACACCACCUGGCACUGAAUGAAAAGGAGCUCCUAUAGCUGGUGAAAGUGUACAUCAAAACCCGCUGUGGAGGGGAGCACAUGGGCCAGGAGGUGGAAGAAUGGACCUAUUCCUUCCCCAACCCCAGAAAAGUCCUGCUUAGCCUAUAACCUUGACAUCAAGGGAAGAACCCCCAGUCUCCCUUUAUUAUUCUCCCCAAUUAGCUCUCAAUUUAAACCCUCAGCUUUAACCAAUCUCGGCUCACGGACGCCCUCUGGGGACAGAAGAGGGACUGGUCAUCCUGACUGUGCCAAAGACAAGUGUAAUGGGUCAAGAGAAGGAUGCAAGGAUGUGAAUGUCAGUCACAGGGCUCAGUGGUGGUGGUACAGGUGGUGGGGUUAGUGGUUAGAGAACCAGCGGGUCUGUGUAGUGUCUAAGAACAAGUCGAAGAAGGUGAAGGGAUGGGGAAGCAGAGGAAAGUGAUUGGGGAGCCUUCUCCCACAUUCAUUUGCAAGCUGGGGGGGAGGGAGAAAGAACUGAAAAAGAAGCUCAAAAUUGUUUUCUCCGAGUGAAGUUACCACUCAGUAUGGAAGCAAUACUGGCGUUUCUGAGAACUUUAUCACUCCAAGAGCCCUCUUCCUGGGCACCCCUUGCCCCCAAGCUAGCCUGAGGAAGACCUGCUUGGGCAGGUGCUGCUUCAGUCUCACACCUUUGAUUCAAAUUGGGAGGUCAUUGAUGAGAACCUGGGAAGAGGCUCUGGAUAGAUGGAUGUCCCAAGUGUAGGGAUGGUGGGGGGAGAGGUGGCAGCUGGCCAAGGUGAAAUGGGGAAAACUUUACUUAGCCAGUUUAGUGACAGUUCCCUGGUCCCAAUCCCUUAGUUUCCUGCAGACAGAUUCCAGAAUCCAAAGGCUCAAUCCAUCACUUAAUCCAUACUCCCAUUCUUGCAGAGAAUUCCCAAUCAGGGCCAGGUUUCAGACACCACAGAAUAUGUCGACUUUUCUGGCACUUCCAAUACAGAGGAGGAGGACAUGUAGAGAUGAGCAGGUCAUCUUAUCCUUUCCUAUUCAAUAAUAUAAGAUAGAUGCAGCUAGAAAAGAGUAAGUCUGGUCUCUGGAUGUCAUCUUUUUGCCAUAAUUACUAGCCUUAGGGUCACUGAUAUAGAGCAUUCCCAUCUACCCCAAUAACCUAGUUCAAACCUAAGGAGAACUGCAAACAGCAACUGUUUAGCAUCCCCUUGCCCUUGUCCAAUUCCUUCCCCUUCUUACUGGCUAGAAUAGUUGCUACACCCGAAUACAUUUCCCAAAUAAGUCACUGCCUCCUAAAGGACUCUCCUAUACACAUACACCUCAUUGCUCAAAGACAAUGACAGCUAGUAUCAAUUUUCAUCAUGUAUUUUGAUCUCACCUCUGCAUACUGUUCUAAGCCUAAUUGAAACAUCCCUGGUUUGUCCUUCCUGUUUGGGAAUGAGGGUACAUGUGGAGAAAGAAGGGUAUCCAGUGAUCUUUCUCUUUAGAAUCUUGCUCCUCUUGCCCCAUUUAACUCUGUGAAUCAGAAACCCCUCUCCCCCCACUUUGAAUGGAUUUCUGGGGACUAUCACUCCUUCCUGGAGUUUAUCUCUGUCUCCUCUCCCCCACUCCCUUUUUUAAAAAAGUAAUUUUCAAAAGAAAUACAUGUAAAAUACUAGGAAAUAACGUCUGCGCCUCCCCCAUCUCUUUCUCACCUAUUAUUUCAUAAAGCUGGCUCUUUAUGUUUCUCUACAUGCCUUAAUAUAUGUUUUAUGGAAAUUAUACAUAUUAUAAAUAAUAUAUAUUUGUUUGGAUGUCUUAUCCGUUUCUGGAGCUCCUGACCUUAACUAUUUUUCUCUUUCCCUUACCCUCUAUACUGUUUCAGGUCAUGGCCCCCAAGUGGACCUCUCCACCCCAUCUUCUAGUCCCCUUUUUAUUCAAAAGUAGGGGGGAAAGGACUUUUAAGAUAGAUCUAUUUUCUGCUUUUGUUAAAGGCAAAUCUAUUUUCAAAUUGUAGAAUGUCCAAGUUGAUGUAGUUGCCAGUUCAUGGGGUGAUUAGGAAUAGAGAAGUCUCAGUACCACCACCACCCCUUCAACAGAAAUAAAGCUCUCCCUGUUUAUGGAUUGCUGAAUAUUUCCCAAUCCAGAAAAAGCAAGAACCUCAUUUAAAAAGAUGUUAAAGAAGUCUCUAUUUGGUAUGAGAUUUUUCUCUUAAAGGUCUUCAGAGAACUUGAUAUUUUGGUGAAUUUCUUGAGUGCAGAUGAAUUUGUAAGUCUCAGCUGAUUCUCACCCAGCCUGGAAAUUCAGACUCAGGUCAGCGAAAGCUAAAAAGAACCAGGAAAGAACAUCUACUGCUGCACCAUGAUGUGAUGUCUUCCAAAGCCAAACAAAAAUGAUUUGGGGAUUUCUGAUGCUAACUGCUCCCCCUGUAGCAUGGAGAAUUGAAAACAUUUUGGAUCUUCUGUUUUGGUUUGAUCCAAUCCUUCCCCCAUUCCCAUGUAUCUGUAAAGCAUCUCCAACUGUGUUCCUUCCCUCUCCUGGGGGACUGUCCUUUAGACCACUCUUGGGAUUAGUACCCUCAGCCUGGCAUCCAGGCUGCCAAACAAGGUCGUGUGCCAAGAAAGAUUCCAACAGAUGAUGUAGCCAUUCAGCCUUGCCAAGAGAAUUCAGACUCAAUCCAUCCACUGAAAUGUAUUUUCUCUACUGAAAUAAGGCAAAGCAACAUUCCUAGUUGCUUUCUUGCCAUGAGAUAAGCAGACAAGGAACAAUUUUGUGGGGAGGGCAUGGACAAUCAGGAGGUCUCUGUAAUCUUGUGUCAAGCCUCUUUACCCAUAGGAUGGAAUGGCACAUGAUUCUCAGUAGGAGUUUAGAACUUGAUUUUGCACCUCAAGAGAUGCUUUGGUGCUUGCUUCUUUACUUAACCAGCGUAGCAUGAACUUUAUCUCCUAGCAAGUGAGAUGGGAGACUUAGUUCCCAAUUUGCCUCCACCCACUCCCAUCUCAGAGCUAUGAUCUGAAGGAAAUCCCAAUGAUGUUACCCAUGCAGGGAAAAUAGCCUAGGAUUGCCCCAGUCAAUAAUUGCCUCCAUCCAUGUCUUAUGUCUGGGACUGACCUGUUGCAAAGGUCACUCUAUAUUCCCAUUAUAAUGGACUCUCCUUGCCCAGGGGUUAGGCAGAAUCCUGCUCUUAAUGAGAGAAGGGGUUGGGGGAGGGAGGAAAGAAUGACGAUUGGUUGAGAUGGAAUCGAUUCCCUUGUCUUUCUGUAACACCUUCCACCUGGUCACUCUUGUAACCAAGAAAACUCCACAGGAGAGAACUAUAUCUACUUAUGCACAUUCUGGGGACAAUUUAAUCUUGCUAGAUUUAGACAAUAAACCUAACAAGGAAACCUGUGAUGUUGGUGUCUUUAUUUGAUAUCAAAGUGACCUUAGGAGAUGAUUUGAAGUUGAGAGAACUCCAAGAAGCUGUAGCAGCCCCAUAGCAUCUUUCUUACCCAGCAAGGGGGAAGAUCCUGCCUCCCUGGAACGGGUGAUCAUUUGCUUCCUUCUUUCAGCAGACAUUCUUUUUAGAUGUAGCGAUUACUAGAGCAGUCUCAGCUCCUAAGGGGAACUGCAUUUGUAUAAAUAUAAGUUUGUAUAAAACCAAAACAGGAAAUAAAACUCAUGGUUUGUA